GAAUGCUCAGCUGAUUGCUUUGCCGGCGCGUGUUUAUUUGUAUUUGUUGUGCGACCAAGCUUCGUUGGUUUCGUAAUUUUAUUUCGCGGAAACCUGAAUGAAGUAGCACGAAAUGCAGCGAGCGCGACUGUUGCAGAGUGUGUGGCUGUGCCGGCAGCGCCUGGUCCCGUCGCCAGGACGCGGACCGUCCUCCGCCAGCCUCGGAUUGCGUUACGCAAUGACGCCGCCUUCGGUUUAUCCAGCAGCUCCUUCACUGCAGCUGCGGUUCCUGAGCACGGGCGGCGUCGCCAGCGCGGCGGAACGGAGGAGCCGGCGCCACGCCUCCGAAAGGCCGCCAGUCAGCAUUGAGGAUGUGUGGACGCAACUGGAGACGUACUACCAGCAGCACAGCCUGCUCAACUAUGAGCACUGCCAACGCGUGCUGGACCACCUGCAGAGCUCGCCAUCGCCCCAAGGAGUGAGCGUCGAGCAACUGCACUUUCUCUUGGGAUCUUGUGUGCCCGAGAUGCUUCCCGCCCAGAGUGGCCAGGAGCGGCUUCAGCUCUUCCAAAGCCUGUGGGCACAACUUCUUAAACUGGGGGGUCAGCCCAAGCUGGAUCACUACCACACCAGGCUACAGGUGCUUCGUCAGAACCGCCUGCCUCUUUCGGAUCACCGCUCCGUGCUGGCAGAGAUUGCCGUGUACCACGGAGCCGCCGACGCAUCCUUGUACAGCGCUCUUCUGGACGUGGCCGGAUCCGCAGGGAACAUGCGCCAGGCCACCGAACUGCUCGCCGAGAUGCGCGAACGCAGUUUUGCCCUCACAGAUCGAAACUUCUACGCGCUGCUGCUGGGCCACGCCCGCAACGGUGAUCUGGCCGGAGCAGAGUCCGUCCUGGCCAGCAUGCGGGCCGCUGGAAUACAGCCCGGCAGCAACAGCCAGGCCAUCUGGUUCGAGGCCCUUGUGGAGAACGGCCAGGUGACGCAGGCCAUGGAACUGCUGCAGACGGAGGCGGGCUUCACCGGCCCUCAAUUGCUUCAAAUGCUGCGGGGAGUGCUUGCCGGCAAGGCUGUGGACACGGAGCUUGCCCAGCAGCUGGUCAAGGAACUGCCACGGGAGUUCCUAACCGGACUCGACCUGCCACCCGCUAUCAGAAGUCUCUGCAUCCAGCUGGUGCACCAAGGACGCACCCAAGUGGUCAUGCAGCUUGUGUCUGCAUUGCCCGCUCCGAAAUUCGGGAACCAAAACCAAAACAUAGAUGAGUACGGUGCAUUGCUGCUUCAGGAGUUUUUCCGCGCCCACGUCCCCCUGGCGCAAACACUCCAGUUCGCCAGUGAACUGGUCCAGCGGAGCCAGAAUCCUCGCGCCUUGCAUUUGGUUGUUGAGCUGGCCUUGCGCCGGCUACCCUCAUCCGCGCUCCACUGUCUGCAGGCACUGUCCACCGCCGGCGAAAAGCUGCGUCCGCACUACUUCUGGCCCCUAAUCCUGCACCACCACCGGCGAGAGGGCGAGAGUGGCCUGCUGCGCCUGGUGGCUGAGAUGCAGCGCAUGGGCGUUGAGUGUGACGAUGAAACCUUGCGGCAGUAUCUUCUCCCGCACCUGACUCAAACCCUAACGCAACCCUUGGAGGCCAUCAAGGCCCUGGAAUCGGCUGGUGUGAAGCCCUCGCUAACCCUGUGUCCCAUUGUAAGCCACCUGCUGCAGCAAAACCAGCAGAUGAACGAGGCUCUGGACUUGCUUAAACGGUAUCCGACGCGCCUUGACCUCUCCAUGCUACUUCAGCCAUUGUCAUCCCUGGCGGUGAAUGCCCGUGCAACCAAGCGCUUCGAACUUUUCGCGCAGGUAGUUCAGGCCCUGCAACAGAAGGCGCUCCAACGAGGCGAGGAUUUUGUUGGCUCCUUGCUGCUACAAAUGACCGGACCACAGACGCGUCUACGCCAGGAUGCCGCCUCCCUGUCCCGUUUCCUGCACGAGCUGAGUCGCCUUGAGCUGCAGCUCUCGCCUGCGGCGUCCGAGGUUCUACUUUCUUUGGCCAGGCAGGCUACCCAGGACACCGAGCUGAUUCAGGACCUGGCCAAGGCCUUGCAGAAAAUGCGCAAUACAGAGCUGACCCUGCCAGCAGAUACGGCUUCGCUGCACGGAGGAUUUAUCAAGCACCCCCGCGACAUGAGUCUGGACGAACUAGAGUGCCAUUUGGUGGAGCUGGAGUCCAAACAGCUGAAUCCACGCGGCGUACUGCGUCGUUUGCUGCAGCUCUCGGUACGGAGCGGCCGUUUGGAGCGCGCUCAGCAACUAUUGGCCAAGUGCCAGGCCUUAAAGGUGCAGACGAGCGCAGGGAUGAUGGCCUCCAUCCUGGACUUACACAUCAAGUUGCGUGACCUGCCACGCGCCCAGGAGGCCUUGCAGCGGCUCAGAAGCACCUACCCAGCCUUCCAGAUUGACGAGCACAAGGUCAUCGACUUCGCCGGCCUCUUGGUACAGGGACAGCAGCUGGAGGCCGCCAAGCAGCUGCUUCAGCGCCGCGCUGAACAGCACAAGGUCGUCGGCGGCGACUACGUGAUCAAAAACGUAUGGCAGCUGCUUACCAACGUGGCCCAGCUGGCCGCCUCCCAACCUCCAAGUAACUCUACCAGCGAAGGUGCGGAGGGAUCCAAGCCAAGAAACCUGACCCGCGAAACGCUGGACUUUCUUCGUGAACUAGGCUACUGCCAGUCGCACAAUGCUUUGUUGGGACCCGUGGUGCGCGAGUGGCUGCUAAGGGGUGACUUGGACGCGGCAGUGGGCGAGUUCCAGCGACUGGCCAACAACCACAAACACACGCCCCUGCAGUUCGAGCUGCUGUCGCUGCUGGUGCGCCUCGGCAAUGGGGAUGAGCAGGAGCUGGCCCGCUUCCCUGCCACCACAGCCGAGUCCGCCCAACAGAACUUGGCUGCGGUUACGGCUACGGUGAGCCGCGUCCAUGGGGCGGCCAACAUGAAUAGCGCCCUGCUUCUCGCCCUGGCGGAGUCCGGAAAGGAGGCGCAACUGCGGCGGCUGAUUAUCAACCCAGAGUUCCGCAUCAACCACGAGCUGCUGGUAAAAAACUGCGAGCAUUUGGGACAGGAGGGCGCGGUGCGGACGCUCCUGCGGCUGGCGCGCGGAGUAAGAGGUGUUCAGCGGUCCAUCGACGAGCAAAAGAUCUACGACAUCUUGCUGGCCCAGUUCUGUCGCAGCAACGACUACGAGGCGGCGCUUGAUCUCUUCGAGCGCCUGGAGGCCGACGACGAACUAAAGGUGUCCCAAGAGUUUCUGCGCAACCUCGUGCAGCUGCUGCAGGUGAACCGUGUGGAGAUUCCCAGCGGUAUCGCGUUACGCGCCCAUAUUAGAUAGCCGGGUCAUAGGAUCGCUGCUCUGCUGUUUAUUUAGUGACUUAUUUUGUAUAUAAAUUGACUCAGUAAAAGUGAGAAGAAGACCAGUACAUAUGUACAUUCAUAUGUGUGGUUCUGUAAAUCUCCAAUAUUUGGUAUGGCCUUGAAUAUUCACUCGAGUUCCCCCCAUAUUUAUACAAUCGCCAAGCCAUUCAUUUUUAUACGGGUCUCAAUACUGAUUACAAGUAUAAUUGUCAAAUAAAACUAUAAUUAUAAAAACAAUAUUGCAAAAUGUUUACUUUUAUUCAAUAAAAAAGGCCAUAUUUAUAGUCAA